CCACAGUUUGUGUUGUGGGGAACGGCUUGGCAACAUCGCGUUGUUGCCGCACUCGCUCUAACUCACGCAUUUAUCUCGUUCUAACAGACACGCCGUUGUGUGAAGGCGAAAGAACUAUGUAGCGUUCGGUGUUCGGGAUUCAUAUUCAGUUGUGUUGUGUUGCGUAGAAGCGUGGAGCUUCAUAUUGUUUGUCGACUGUUUAACCUCUCGCUUGCAGAUGUAUUUUGGUAUCCAGCGGCUCUCAACCUUCUACUCACCGUAGUAGGUAGGUCACUGAAUGAAAAAGAAGCAUGUUUAUGAACCUGAAGGACGAUAAAAAAUUAAUGAAGAAGUUUGUGAAACUGGUUGAAAAGUAUCCAGAUAUAUACGACCGCUCUAAGGACGGAUACAGAACUCACAGUGUUGAAAAAUCAUGGCAAGAAAUUCGUGAACACGUGAGAACAGAACUGAACGAGGAAUGUACUGUUGAGGAGCUAAAAUUGAAAUGGAAAGGAAUCCGGUCUUCUUACAAUCGAUACAAAAAUAAAAUUCAAACAAGCGACACAUGCAAAAAAUAUUAUUUAAGUGCCUACCUACAAUUCUUGGAUCCGUUUAUAAGAAGAAGAGGAUCGCAGUUAGAUAAAUCAGAAACGGACUGUUCGUAUUUCAUUGACGUUCACGAUAAUGAUACGUCGAAUGAUUCAAACAUAGAAGCCGAAGAGAUAGAUAUAAAAUCUGAAGUAAUAGAAGAUUCACAAAUAGGCGAAAAAACACAACACUACAUGCCAAUUGGAAUAAUUAAUAAUACUGAGGAAGUUAAGCAAGAAAAAGAAGAAAGGCCUACUGACGAGGAGAGCGAGGAUUUACAAUUCUUCAAGAGUAUUCUUUCCGAUAUCAAAGAUUUUACAUCGAAAGAAAAAAGAAAAUUUAAAAUGGGCAUUUUACAAUUGAUUGAUGAUAUUGAAAACGAACGUAAAGACAAUUAUUGAAUAAAUUAUUUGUUAUGAUUGCUCAGUGAUAUUAGUUAUAAAAUAUAUUGGUAUAGUGAAAUACGUUUGUUAACUUGCUUAGAUUUCCUAAUUAGAUUUAGCUUUCUGUAAAUAAUUGUUCAUCCAACCGUUGUUUUGAUAAUCUACAAAUAUUUAUAGCACCACUUCGCAAACAGUUAAGAUACUGUUAAAAUUAAAAUGCAUCACCUGGUUUCU